AUGUGGAACGACGAGGAUAACAACCCGUACGGCGCAUUCGAUAACGAGGCGCAUCUCUCCGACCCUCUACGACCGCGAAUACACCCCUCCCUCUCCCUCCAGCCGCUCCUCCACCGACAACCCCCCGACUUCCUCUCCCAACAGCAGGACCUCAGCGAUGAGGACGACCCCGCCGCGUACGACCCCCAACCCCCCGGCCAUGGCUACCCCCGCAAGGCCGCCUACGACAGCCGCAUCGAGCAGAUCCUCUACGAGAACCCCGAGAUGCCCAUCCUCAUCACCGACGCCGGCAAGAACCACGAGGGCGGCGGCAGCUACAUUGUCUACACGAUACGCACCGGGGAUCUGGAAGUCCGCCGGCGGUAUUCCGAGUUCGCGUCGCUGCGGCAGACCCUCGUGAAUCUCCAUCCCACCCUCGUCGUCCCGCCCAUCCCCGAGAAGCAUACCAUGGCCGACUAUGCCGCCAAGCCCACCAAGGCGAAGGAGGACACCGCGAUUAUCGAUCUCCGCAAGCGCAUGUUGGCGGUGUUUCUGAAUCGGUGCCGUCGGAUGAAGGAGGUCCGCGAGGAUGGGGUCUGGUGGAGAUUCCUGGACCCCAACGUCAGCUGGAGUGAGGUCCUGCAUUCGUAUCCCGCAUCGUCCGUACCGAAGAACAACCUGAAAGCUCCCCCGCUGGACCCCGCCAACCCCACCCCUGCACAUGCCUGGCUCCCGGUGCCAGCGACCUCCGCGAAGCUCAAGUCCACGGGCGGUACGGGCCCCAGUGCGUCGGUGGAGGCGCCCAGCACCGAUGUGGUCGGUCGCUUUCCCCCGGAGUCGCGGAAGCUGAGCGAGAAGGAACUGGAUCCGUACUUCAUCAACUUCGAGGCGUCGACGCGCGAGCUCGAGCUACUUCUGCAGGGCAACAUCGAAAAGGUCAACCGGCGCACCUUGGCCCAUCUAUCAUCCCUGUCUGCCGACCUGAUGGAGCUCGGGGCCCGGUACAAUGGGUUCUCUCUGUCGGAACAGUCGCCGACCGUGGCGGCGGCCAUCGAACGUGUCGGUCAGGCUGCCGAUACCUCCUACAUCGAGACAGAAGAGCUGUCAUCCGCGCUGAGCGCCAGUUUCGCCGAGCCGAUGCGGGAAAGCGCCCAGUUCGCCAGCGUCGUGCGCAGCGUGCUGCGGUAUCGGGUGCUCAAGCGGGUGCAGGAGGAGAUGACGCGGGACGAGCUGGCGAAGAAGAAGACGCUGCUGGAUUCGCUGGAGCGCAGUGAGAUGGAGGCGAAGCGCAUCGAGCAGUAUCUCAACCGCACGACACCGUCCGGGGCGCCCACACGCACGCAGCGGUCUCUGUCGGCCUCCUCGGCAGUGGCCCCCGGGGGGUCUGAGAACGAGGCCCGUGCCGCUGGCUCCGAGGACACGGCCUCGGUGGACUCGGACUUCCCUCCCACGCACGGCGAGUCCAUCGGUCCCCACGCCCCUCCCAACCCGGCGCACCGACGGGCGGACUUCGGGCCUGCGUCGCCGGCGCACCGCAAGACGUCGAGCGGCACGUUCGUGGCGAACAAGAUCUUCGGGCGGAUCAGCCACGCGGUGCACGGCUUUGUGGACGUGGAUCCGGAGCGGACCCGGCGCGACCAGAUCGGCAAGACGAAGGAGAGUUUGCAGCAGCUGGAACAAGCCCUCGGGGUGUCGGAGAAGGACGUCAAAGAUGCCAGUUCGGGUGUGCUGCAGGAUCUCAAGCGCUUCCAGAAGGACAAGGAGCUGGAUUUGCGGCGGUAUAUGGUCGCGUACGCGCGGUGCCACCUGGACUGGGCGCGCAAAAAUCUGGAGACGUGGACGGAGGCCAAGGACGAGGUGGACAAGAUCGAGGUUCGGUAGGGCGGCAGGUUAUUUGAUCUUGGAGCGCUGGGCGUUGGUUGUCUUUUCUUUUCUUUUUUUUUUUUCUCGGGCAGUGGGUAGGAUCAGGAUCAAGCUCGGGCUCGCGCUCGAUCGGACGACACGGAUAGAUUCGUAUAAUCGGGAUCGGGCGAGCUGGGGGUCGACUGGCUGGCUGCUGUCGGGGAUCGGAUGGUGAUUAAUUGCAUACUUUCCUGCUAUCUGAUAUGAUGUCAUGGCUGAGAUGGCGCACGGGUCUGGUCUUUAGAGUAGACAGUGGACUGUUACCAGUUUCUGGCUUCCUUGGCUCCGUUAAUCAGACCGUGUUGUCCUUUCUCUUUGGAUUGAAGUCUUUUUCGAACGGCUAUCUUCGCUUCCACUUGAUUCUGAUAAUAACUACCACCAUGUC